GCAAUUUGACAAUAUAGCUGGUGCUGUUUAGCACUUGUCUUCAGCUGAUCUGCUCCAAAGAGCCUUCCAAUCUGAGGAUGGUGGGAAUCAUCAUCCAGAACAGUGAUGGGUGCCAAGUUGUGAAAGAUAUUUACAGGUGUGAAACAAAACACUUCCAUUCUGGGGUCGGCCAAACUUCCUCACCCUAAAGGCAAACUUGGGGUUGGACUGGAAAAUUUGCUAAGGUUCUCCGCUUUCUUGCUGAAUUGCCCAGUUUUUGAGUCUUGUUUCCGUGACUUCUGCUCAGGGUGGGCCAGAGAAACAACAAUCCAUGCUUUGGUGAUAACGAAUAUUUGUGUGGCCUUAUCGUUGCAGACAGACUCGGAAGACCUUGAACUCUGCUGGCAGAGCGAAAGAACAAGCCAUGUUUCAUACAGAUCUGGAACGGAGCAGCACCAAACCCCUUCCAGCGGUGAUUAUAGGAAAUGGCCCCUCAGGGAUCUGCUUAUCCUAUCUGUUGUCUGGCAACAUUCCCUACGUCAGAAGGAACUCCGUUCAUCCUAAUCCCAUCUUGCAAAGGAAAUUAGAAGAGGCACCAGAGGUUUCCAUCGUAGAUCAGGAUAUAGAGUAUCUAUCAGAAGGCUUAGAAGGCAGAUCUUCCAGUCCAGUGGCUCUCCUUUUUGAUGCCCUGUUGCGUCCAGAUACCGACUUUGGUGGUACAGCUGAUUCGGUGCUCACGUGGUGGCAUGAAGCUGACCGAGCUAUCCCUCACCUGGUUCUUGGCAAAACCCUCCCUGGAGGAGCCUGGCAUUCCAUUGAGGGCUCCAUGUUCACCCUGAGCCAAGGAGAUUGGAUGGGGCUUCCUGAUCUCCAGUUCAAAGACUGGCUGAGUAGGAAGAAAAGAGGCUUCAGAAACAACAGGGCAACUGCUAGUGACAUCGUUCAAUACUAUCAGUAUUAUGUGGCCAAGAAAGGGCUCAAGAAGAAUUUCGUUUGUGGAACUCUGGUAACAUCUGUGAAGAGACUGAGCUUGGACCCAGAAGGUGGCUAUGGUGGCCGGGAUGAUUCCAAGGAUGGCAGCUCUGUGUGGGAUUUAUCCCAGACGUCUCAAGACAGCACGGGCAGCCUCUUCCAGGUGGAUGGAUUUGUCACCAAUAUCAGUGGCACCCAUCCCUUCUCAGUCUAUGCAGAAAACGUGGUCUUGGCCACUGGGACCUAUGAUAGCCCAACCCAUCUUGGGGUCAAAGGGGAGCAUCUCCCUUUCAUCCAUCACACGCUGUCAGCUCUCGAAGAAGCUGUGAAGAACAAGGACAUUGGCAUCAUGUCUGACCCCAUCUUGAUCGUAGGAGCUGGGCUGACGGCAGCAGAUGCGAUCCUCUUUGCGCACCAUUAUAACAUUCCUGUGAUCCAUGCUUUCCGCAGGCGAGUAAAUGACCCAGCCCUCAUCUUCAACCAGCUUCCCAAAACAAUGUACCCCGAGUAUCACAAAGUUCACCAGAUGAUGAGGGAGCAGGCCAACCCUUACCCAGGACCAUAUGAACAUUACGUCAGCCUUCCUGAGCACCAUGUUGUCUGCUUUUUGGAGGACAGGAAGUGCAUCUUUUCUGAUAAGAGCGGUUGUCAAAAAAUACACAGGAUUUCCAUGGCUUUUGUUCUCAUCGGCUCCAAUCCCAACCUCUACUACUUGCCCAACAAUGGGAUGGACUUGGCCAUAGACUGUGAGCAGCCAGUCAGUUCCAAGAGGAACCCCAUAGAUGUUGAUCCCUUCACUUAUGAGUCUGUUCAUGAGAAGGGACUCUAUGCUGUCGGGCCAUUAGCUGGGGACAACUUUGUGAGAUUUGUGCAAGGUGGUGCUUUGGCCAUUGCCAGCUCUCUGCUGAAGAAAGUGAACAAAAAUCCUCCUUAAUGCUUGUGAAGAUACACAUCCUCUUCUCUGAAGGAUGACUCCUUGCCAACUUUAGAGAAUGGGCAUUGGAUGUGUAGCUGUGUUUUCAGAUAUGAAGUCUCUCCUUGAAAGCCCUCUCAAAGUUGGCUGGGCUAUGCCGAGUUUCCGAUCCAAGAAGAUAAAAGCAGGAUGCUUGCAGAAGGUUGACUUCUUAAUCUCCCCACCUCCUUUUCAAACCGAGGGUAGAGGUGGUUUAGGAAAGCCUUACUAGAUCCCAUGGGGCAAAUCAGGCAUUGCCUUGGUUAAAUCUGGAAGAAGUUAUUUCUCCAUGGAUAACCUGAAGGGCCUGGUCCACAUAUUCUGAAUUGCAGUGAAAGCAUUGCUGGGAUCCAAAAUAAUUGUUUUUGCUCAUGCAAGGGUGGUGAGCUUUCCAUUCAGUAAUGUUUCAAGGCCUCUCAAAGUGGGGAGAUCCUUCAGAACAGAUUUUCAGUGGGUCCAUGAAGUCACAGCAAAGUGUGGGAGAAUCUGUAGUUCUCCCACACCAUCUAUGCAUGGAAGUGCCUUUCCAUUACAUGUGGUGGGUGGAAGGAAGGCCUGCAUCCAACUCAAAAGUUUGACGCAGACUGUCCCAACCAAGGCACCCUCCAGAUAUACAGAAUUCCACAGCCAUCAUGGCUUUUGCUGAGAAAUGGAAGGUGCCCAGGCAUGGGAGGGUUAGUCUAGGAGAACAUAAACCUGUAUUAACAAGCAUCCUGGGAUUGUGGUUAGACUAACAAUUGUGCACUUGUUACAAUUAGCGGUGAAACCCAACUGACCAUUGUUUCUUCAGCUUCUCAGAAGUGAAAUUCAAUAGGUUUGCAAAGCAAUUUUGGAUGCUAUCACUCAGAUCUCAGGAUGUUCUUUAAUGUGUCUCUUGGACAGCACUACUGACAAUGUUGAGUUUUAUCUGUACAGCUAAGUGUGCUACUAAUUUGUAAGCAAAUUUUGUAAAACAAUAGUUUUUUUUAAAAAAAAUAGAAUAUUUUGUAUAUGGCUAUUUUAAAUU